UCGUGUUCGCAUGCGCAGUGUCACAUCCACAGAGGACAUCUUGGAAUUAAAGGGGCGCCGAGCGAAUCCUGACAAAAGCGACGAUUCCAGGACGCUGGUCUGCUGGAUCAUGUCCACGAUGCUGUCUCCUCGUGAUGAGAAGCUGGAGAAGCUGUCGCAGGAGGAGAUCAUCUCCAACACCAAGCUGGUGAUCCAGGGUCUGGAGGCGCUGAAGAACGAGCACAACUCCAUCCUGCACAGCCUCCUGGAGACCAUCAAGUGCCUGAAGAAGGACGAGGAGGCCAGCGUGGUGCACGAGAAGUCCAGCCUGCUCAGGAGAUCUGUGGAGAUGAUCGAGCUGGGGCUGGGCGAGGCUCAGGUGAUGAUGGCUCUCUCCAAUCAUCUGAACGCGGUGGAGUCGGAGAAGCAGAAGCUGCGUGCUCAGGUGAGGCGUCUCUGUCAGGAGAACCAGUGGCUUCGAGACGAGCUGGCGAACACACAGCAGAAGCUGCAGAAGAGCGAGCAGAGCGUGGCACAGCUGGAGGAGGAGAAGAAACACCUGGAGUUCAUGAACCAGCUCAAGAAGUACGACGAGGACGUGUCUCCUUCGGAGGAGAAGGACGGUGAGCCGCCCAAGGACUCUCUGGACGAUCUCUUUCCUAACGAUGAGGAGGAACACACUCAAGGAAUGCAGCACCAGCACAACAGUGCGGCGGUGGCGGCGGCGCAGCAGGGCGGCUACGAGAUCCCGGCGCGGCUGCGGACGCUUCAUAACCUGGUGAUCCAGUACGCGUCUCAGGGCCGCUACGAGGUGGCCGUGCCGCUCUGCAAACAGGCUCUGGAGGAUCUGGAGAAAACCUCGGGACACGACCACCCCGACGUGGCCACCAUGCUCAACAUCCUGGCACUCGUGUACAGGGAUCAGAACAAAUAUAAAGAGGCGGCUCACCUGCUGAACGACGCUCUCUCCAUCAGAGAGAAAACCCUGGGCAGAGACCAUCCUGCUGUUGCAGCCACUCUCAAUAAUCUGGCAGUGCUGUACGGGAAGAGAGGCAAGUAUAAGGAGGCCGAGCCGCUGUGUAAACGAGCGCUGGAGAUCCGAGAGAAGGUGCUGGGGAAGGAUCAUCCUGACGUGGCGAAGCAGCUGAAUAACCUGGCGCUGUUGUGUCAGAAUCAGGGCAAGUAUGAGGAGGUGGAGUAUUAUUACUGCAGAGCGCUGGAGAUCUACGAGCGUCAGCUCGGCCUGGACGACCCCAACGUGGCCAAAACCAAGAACAACCUGGCCUCCUGCUUCCUCAAACAAGGCAAAUAUAAAGAAGCCGAGGUUCUGUACAAGGAGAUUCUGACCCGCGCUCACGAGAAGGACUUCGGAUCUGUGGACGCUGAAAACAAGCCCAUCUGGAUGCACGCGGAAGAGAGAGAGGAGAUGAGCAAGGGGAAACACAGGGACAACACGCCGUACGGUGAAUACGGAGGGUGGUACAAAGCCUGUAAAGUCAACAGCCCGACGGUCAACACCACGCUGAGGAACCUGGGAGCUCUGUACCGCAGACAGGGCAAGAUGGAGGCAGCGGAGACACUGGAGGAGUGUGCCGUCAGAUCACGCAAACAGAUCAGCUCUGGUGUGGAUCCGGUCACUCAGACACGUGUGGUGGAGCUCCUGAAGGAGGACGGCCAGCGCAGCAGAGACCGUGUGUCCACUGUGAAGUACGAGAGCGGCUCUGAGGCCGGUGAUGAAGUGAGUAUGGCCAUAGAGUGGAGCGGGGCAUAAAGCCAUCCAGAGUUUGCUUCAUCUUCUUCCUCUUCACACAGGAAGGGCAGUGUUUGUUAGUUUCCUCUGGACGUUGAUCCUGGGCAGCAGAGGGACGCAUCUCUCCUCAAUCCUGUUCUUCUGUUCUUUCUUCGGUUGACGUGAUGUUGUCUUUGGGCUCUUCACCUGCUUCUCUCUCUCUCAUCUCUGAUGUGUUGAUAAUCGAUGUCGACACUUUCAUCUUCCGUCGUUUCAUUGUGGCCUCGCUGAUGAUGUGUGAACUUCCAGACUGAACUCUUAAUUCUUCGGAUUUGAUGGUUUUGCUCUUUUUGCCGUCUGUGGGUAUGAGCAGCUUCUGCUGGUGAACAAUCCUUAGUGUUUCUUGCUCUUGAUACUUUUUAGGUUUUUGUUGUAUUUAAUAAAUGAUGAUUUCAUGUCGCGAACAAAACAAGACGAGUGUCACAGACGCUUUAUCUUCAGGCGAUGUGUUUAUCUCUUGUUCUCCAGUGUCAAAGUUACGUUUACAGUGUUCACAUUAAUGCUUGCAGUGGGUUUGAUGCAUUAGUUAGCAGUGGAUAUACUCCAGUUCUGUGAAUUAUAUAUCGAAAACCUAUGGAAGCUUCAUUCUGCCACACAAAUAAAGAAAUUAAAAAGGUUAUUACAACUUUUUAUCUCACUUUUUAUCUCACAAUUCUAAAAUAUUAACUCAUAAUUGCAAACAAACUUCGAAUUACAAAAUAAGCUCAGAAUUGUUAGACAAAUUCUAAUUGCGAACAAACUGAAAAUUGCUAAAUUUAGAAUUGAGAUGUAUGCACUCAAAACUGCGAACAAACUUAGAAAUGUGAAAAACUCAGAAUAACUAAAUCAUAAUUGCAAGAAAAAAUGUGUAAAUGGUGAGAUAAAAAUGUGCAAUUAUGUUUUUUUUAUCUGGUGGCAUAAACAGACUUGCAUAUGUAUCAGCUAAUUACACUAAUGAGAAGUGCUCUUUGAUCUUGUGCAUUUAGCAGCAGUGGUGAGACAGAUGCUCCUGUUUAUAUUUCACUAUCAAAGGGAACAGUAUUCAGCGUCAGUAUUCAGAGAGACAGAACGUUUCAGAUAUUUGUUAUGCAAUCUGUCCCAAACUAAGCAAGCCAGAGGCGACAGCUGCAGCUAGAACUAAAACACAGAUCACGCUUCAUAAAAGCCUUAAAGAUGUGUUGCAGCAGCUGAUGUGACUGUACUACAUCACCGCGUGUGCUGUUCACUAUAGUGUAUGUGUGCCGUGGGUCAGUUAUUACCCAUUUACACAAACCUUGAUCGUUUGAUUCAUUCCAGACACACACACGUGAUGAUGAUGAUGAUGAAGCAGAACAAGAUGAACAAACGUUUCUCUUAAUAACGGUCGUGUUUAUGCUGUGUGGUGGAUUGCUGCGUAUUUAUUGAUGGUUUAUCUUUGUUUUAACGAGCGUUUGUGUAGCGAGUAGAUCUACAGUAAAUAUAUAUGAAAGUAUUACUCCACUGCAGUGUGCCGUUUAUUUCUGCAGUUUCUCAUCGUUCUGUAUCAGUGUAUGUUUAAUAAUGAUGAGCUGUUUCUAUAUCGAGGUCACGUGCUGGGAAUGUUAUUUAAUAAAUAAUAAAAGUUUAAUAAUGUA